UCAAGAGCUGAAAAGUUGUUGAACAUGUGGGAAAAUUGUGCUGAUGGGGCAUCGAUGUGUAAGAUUCUCUUUCCCACCAACAAUAAAAUUAAGCAUGUAUAUAUAGUAUAUAUAUAAAUCUUAUGAAGGCGUAGCAGCAUGUAAGGCCGGCUUUAGAUUUGGACAUGGAAACAUGUUGAGCUGGACCAUUGAAAUGCAUUGAAGCAUCUUUCUUUUAAUCUACAAAUACAAUCCUUUCCCUUACAAGUUACACCUCAGGCUGAGGAUAAAGAUAAUAAAAAUGCAUUUGGGUGAUAUGGUCAUAUCAGAUUCUGACAUUGUGACCAGCUUCUUUUCCUCCGAAACUAAGAGAGGGGAAUGGCAUCACAAAGCUAAAAUGCCAGCUCAGAAAGCUUAAUUCUUACCCUCCCACACAGUCAGCAAUACCUAAUUAUAAGCAGCCAAUGUGUGCUGCUUAAUUUGUAAGAUUGAAUGGUUGAAAUGCUGCCGACCCUACUAAUUCUAUUAUUUUACUUUCAGUCACCAAUUGGACAAAGUGUACGAUUUCCCAAUUCUUUCCAUGAAACCAAAAAUGAAGUUUAAAAGUUACUUUAGAAUUGAAAAAAGAUUGAAUGAUCAAUUUAUAAGUUUUAAUUGAAAACUAGAAUUUUAAGGGACAAAUUUAUCACAUUCUCUUCAAUUUUGAAAAAAAUUAUCUAAUGCUUAGCCUCUAAUAAACUGUCUUUGGUAAAUGCUUCCAUUACUUCUAAUUUUGUUCACUAUUUAAUUAUGUUCUUUAUAUGACUUGAUCAUUUUGUGGAAUCUUCACAAAAGAAGACUUGGAUCUUUCUGCAAAUCUCUUUUCAAAAGAAGCCAGACACAUCAUCACCUCCCCAACCACAAUCUUUUCUUUAUAGAAUGCCUUUUUGUGUGCUGCUUUUAUUCAUGUGGAUGAGGCACACAUGACUCAUUCCACUAAAAGUUAACUUUCUCCUCCUAUAAGUACAUUCGCUGAUCCAUGGUUUGAACCAUCAUACUAAGCAUCUCCUCAGCCUUGGCAUCUGACAAUCACACAACAUUCCGAGCAAGUUGCUUUCUGCAUACAGGAAAACCAAGGAAUUGAAAACAGAAUCACAUUGGAGCAAUAGCAAUUCAUCAAAUAUGAAGACACGGCAGCUGGCACAUGUUUUUGGAACUCUGGUCAGCUCACCUCUGGCAUAUCUGGAUGAGAGGACAUCAAAAAGAAUCUUACAGGACCCUAAUAGUGCUAGUGCUAGUGCUAGCCAAUACCAAAUAUCCUCCUCUUCGAUUGGAUCUCUGAAAUUAAAACAAAAUAAGGUAGAUAGGAUGAAAAAACUUGGAGGAAAAGCAAACAAUCUUGCAAAUGGCAUUCGAGAACAUGUGAGUUUGGGGCCCAACAUCUCUGAAACUGUGAAGGGGAAACUGAGCCUGGGGGCUAAAAUUAUUCGAGUAGGCGGCGUGAAGAAGAUUUUCAAGAACAACUUUAGUGUUAGAGACGGAGAGAAGCUGCUAAAGGCUUGCCAAUGCUAUUUAUCAACAACAGCUGGUCCAAUAGCAGGCCUCCUCUUCAUCUCAUCCGACAAGGUUGCCUUCUGCAGCGAGAGAUCCAUCAAACUGUCUUCUCCAACCGGCGAGUUUAUUAGAAUUCGUUACAAGGUAUUGAUCCCACUAGAAAAGAUAUUGAGAGCCAACGAAAGCCAAAAUGUGAAGAGACCAUCACGGAAGUACAUAGAAAUUGUAACUGUGGACAAUUUUGAUUUUUGGUUUAUGGGAUUCUUGAAUUAUCGAAAAACUUUGAAAUAUCUUCAGCAAACAAUCUCUCAAGCUCAAUGACAUACAACUUCUGUAGUCAACUAUUCUGUACAAAUUUUGUUACUUUGUUUCAAAGCAAAAGAAUGUGUUGAUAAAUCA